AUGGACGACGUUCAGAGAGAGGACGCCAAGGCAGCCAAUCAAGCUUGGCGAAGAAAGCCUCGAAAGUUCGCUCCAAAGUCAAGACUAGGCUGUAAGACUUGCAAGAUAAGACGAGUAAAGUGCGAUCUAUCUCGGCCUUCAUGCUUGAAAUGCCAUUCCACAGGUCGCACUUGUGACGGCUAUAGCGGAACUCCCCUGGCCUCCAAACCUGAAAUUGAAUUUAGACAUAAUCACAACGAGAAGGCCAGUAGAGCAGAAGGCAUCGAGAGUCAUCGCCCUUGUAACAUGAUCAGUGCGUAUCAGCCAGAGCAAUGGCAUGCGACAUACCACCGCGUCAUUCCGCAGAACCUUGGACCCUUUAUGAUCUUACCGAUGACUGGGUCAGCUCAGAGAGAGGUAAUGCGUUUUUUCGAGUUUAUCUCGAUCAAGCAUCUGAACGAAUACCACCCUUGCGAAUCAUGGCGGAGGACUCUCAUGUUCUUCUCCCAAACAGUGCCAUCAGUGCGGUGUGCCGCCACUGCUCUGGCUUUGAUCCACCGGAACUACCUGGAUCGCGAUACUACCGACCGUGGGUAUCAACCACAGUUCUUGGAAAACCGGCUAUCGGAUAGCGCUCCCUUGCUUCACUACAAUCGUGCCAUCCAACUUCUUCUGAACCAGCAAAGUGGCGACAAGGAUGAAACAACAGCCGUCACGCUUUUGGUCUGCUAUCUCCUCACUUGCUUUGAUCAUCUGGCGGGAAACUACGUACAAGCAAUGAAGCAUCUGCGCGGAGGCGUGGAGCUCUCACGCAACAUCGACAGGGCUAUGUUAAGCAACAACAAGAACAACACAUAUGACAAUUACGAUACCUCAGGGAUUCGUACACUCAUAUACCAAGUCACAAGACAGAUCCGCCGCCUCGACAUGCAGGCUGUGACCUUUCUUGUCGACUGGACUCCCGCCGAUAUCCAAGACACACUCGCAUCCCAGCACCCACCAUCCGACAGUCCUUUUCGGUCUCUGGACCAAGCCGCUGACCAUAUGACUAGCAUCGUUGCUCGGGUAUUGAUGCUGCGCAAUACGGAGCAGCAAAUACCCCCUAUUGGUAAGAUGCGGCCGUCACCUUCAGUAGCUAAAAAUAUUUUGCGCGGGCAGUUGGAAACAUGGUCAAUUUUCUUCGAAUACAUGCAGCAACAAGGCAAUUCUAAUGAGAUGGAUUCCGAAACUUAUCCGCUCAUAUCACUGCUACGUCUACAGCAUACUAUCGCAUGGACUCUCCUUCAAGUUUCUGGAACUGGCAGGGAAAUGGACUAUGACAACUUUCUGCCCCAGUUCCAGCAAUGCGUGACUUUGGCGGGCGAGGUAGCCGCGGCGCAUGUGCGGUAUUCGGGGUCGCUAAAGCCUACCUUUACGCCUGAGGUCGGAAUUAUCCCUGUGCUUUACAUGAUUGGAGUCAAGUGCCGGCACCCCGUGGUACGACGCAAGGUGUUGAACAUCUUACGACAGCAGCCGAUGCGUGAGGCAGUUUGGGAUAGCAUAUCUGCUGCCAAGGUAGUUGAGCGGGUAAUCGAGAUUGAAGAGGGUGGCUUUGGGGAGGAGAGCAUGACACAGAACAUGGAACAGAUUCCUGUGUGGCAGAGGAUCGAGACAAUGUCUUGGAUACAGGCCAGUGGACAGUCUGUGGCUAGGAUCGACAUCAGUUAUACGUUCUGCGAACAGAAUGGGGCGCAUAUUGAGUCUCUCGUGAAAUAG